AUGGAGCCGCUUUUUAAUUUGGACGAUUACGGCAAGCUGAGCCGUGAGCCCCCACCCGGCAGUUGCUGGAUGGAGUUCGCUACCGCUGAUACUAAAUUUUCAGAAAAGCGGAUUUCGUGGGCGGGAGAAAACUCAAACAACACGCAAGAUACUACAACAUACAUCAAUAGUGAAUCAACAACUAACAAUAGUGAAUCAGAAUCAUCAAAUCAUCAUUCAUCUCGCCCACCGAAACCGAGUAAAUCAAAAAGACUAGAUGAUUCCAUCGCCAACGAAGUUUUGGUUUCGGUGCGAGACCAUUUUAAGCGUCCACGAACAGAGGACCGCUGCGAUCUUAUCGGGAAAAAUGUGGCCAUUAAACUGAGGGCGUUAGAUGCCAAACAAAUACUAGUAGCCGAAAAACUUAUAAAUGAUUUAUUAUUCGAAGCAGAAAUCGGACAUCUGACUCCCGAUCAUGCCUAUAUAAGCAUGCGAGAUGUUUUGAAACAAAAUAAUCAACGAAACUAUGUUCAUGGGACGUAUACUCCUGUAAGCUUUGUUGCUUCAGGAAAUCCUAGCCCACCUUGCCUUCCUGUUCCCAGUCAACAUUCCGAGCAAUUAUUACCAACUAGUCGUCUACUCAACAGUCAUCAUGUCAUCCCCUACUCACAAAUGCAAACACCUACACUUUCAAGAAAUCAACCCGGUGAAACAGAAGUACUGGUAUCGAUUCCAGAUUCUGCAGCAUCAUUCGUUACAACCUUUAAUGCUGAUACAUGA